AUGAGCCAAUCACCGGCCGCCGUGACACCUCCCACCGGAGCUGACGGCACGAGACCAAACGGCGAAGACAGAAUUCGGAUUGAUCCCGAACCUUUGUGCUCCGGAGACUGGGUUUGUCUCGCUCCCCGCCGUGAGAGACUCGCCGCCGUUUAUCCCCAAAGCCACGGGAACGGAGAGACGGAGGGUUCCACUUCAAAAGAACAGCCCACACGUGUGAAAGAGAAGGAGAGAGAGACGGGAGAGAGAGGAGGAGAGAGAGAAGGAGAGAGAGGAGGAGAGAGAGGAGGAGAGAGAGGAGGAGAGAGAGAAGGAGAGAGAGGAGGAGAGAGAGAAGGAGAGAGAGAAGGAGAGAGAGGAGGAGAGAGAGGAGGAGAGAGAGGAGGAGAGAGAGGAGGAGAGAGAGACGGGAGAGAGAGGAGGAGAGGGAGACGGGAGAGAGAGGAGGAGAGAGAGAGGAGGAGAGAGAGACGGGAGAGAGAGGAGGAGAGAGAGAAGGAGAGAGAGGAGGAGGAGAGAGGAGGAGAGAGAGGAGGAGAGAGAGACGGGAGAGAGAGGAGAGAGAGAGGAGGAGAGAGGAGGAGGAGAGAGAGGAGGAGGAGGGAGGAGGAGAGAGAGGAGGAGAGAGAAGGAGGAGAGAGAGGAGGAGAGAGAGACGGGAGAGAGAGGAGGAGAGAGAGAAGGAGAGAGAGACGGGAGAGAGAGGAGGAGAGAGAGGAGAGAGAGGGAGGAGGAGAGAGAGGAGGAGGAGAGAGAGAAGGAGAGAGAGGAGGAGAGGGAGGAGGAGAGAGAGAAGGAGAGAGAGGAGGAGAGAGAGGAGGAGAGAGGAGGAGAGAGAGGAGGAGAGGGAGGAGGAGAGAGAGGAGGAGAGGGAGAAGGGAGAGAGAGACGGGAGAGAGAGAGGAGGAGAGAGGAGAGAGAGGAGGAGAGAGAGGAGGAGAGAGAGGAGGAGAGAGGGAGGAGGAGGAGGAGGAGGAGAGGAGGAGGAGAGAGAGGAGGAGAGGGAGAGAGGAGAGAGAGACGGGAGAGAGAGGAGGAGAGAGAGGAGAGAGAGAGGAGGAGAGAGAGGAGGAGAGGGAGGAGGAGAGAGAGGAGGAGAGGGAGGAGGAGAGAGAGGAGGAGAGAGAGGAGGAGAGGGAGGAGGAGAGAGAGGAGGAGAGAGAGGAGGAGAGAGAGGAGGAGAGAGAGGAGGAGAGAGAGGAGGAGAGGGAGGAGGAGAGAGAGGAGGAGAGAGAGGAGGAGAGAGAAGGAAAGAGAGGAGGAGAGAGAGAGACAGAGAGAGAGAGAGAGAGAGAAGGAGAGAGAGGAGGAGAGAGAGAAGGAGAGAGAGAGGAGGAGAGAGAGGAGGAGAGAGAGGAGGAGAGCGAGAAGGAAAGAGAGGAGGACAUGGGUUUGAUUCUCUUUGUGAGAGAUGGUAAAGAGGAUUCACCAUCACUCUGUCUGUUAGUUCAAUAG